AUGGCUUCAGAAGUAGCAAAACGUUCUGCGCCAAACACUGGAGGGGGCUCCAAGAAACGUCAAAAAAUCAAAUCAACAAAAGAUGUUCCAACAGUGCAGAAAAGGCCGGUAGCCAUAGAUGCGCUGCCUUGGAAUGAGGUCAAGCUGCCAGAUAUGUUCGAUGAUGCCGAAGGAUUCUUUGGAUUGGAAGAAGUUGAAGGUGUUGAAGUUUUAAAAGAGGGAAACAACAUAAGAUUCGUCUCCGCGAAAGCAGCAGAUGUUGAGUACGAGGACGAAUUCGAGGGGUUCUCCGAUAACCCAGAAGAAGGUGUGGUAACCACAGCAAAAGAUAAGGCAAAAGACGACUCGGUUCUCGAAGAAGGUUCACAUCCAUCAGAUGAAAAGCGCGCAACAGAGAAAAAGGAUACGAAGAAGAAGAAGGACAAGAAAGCGAAGACGAAGAAGGCUCUGGAGAAAGUCGAAAAUCAAGAUGGAAACGAAGGAUCAAAAUCUGAUCACAACGAGAUGAAUGUUUUCAAAGCAUUGGCGCAGGACAAUGAUGAUAAUGACGGGACAGAUGUUACUGCUUGGUCUGGGUUGGACUUAUCGGGCAACAUGCUGUCUGCUCUUUCAAUAUUGGGUUUUGCUAAACCCACCCCAAUUCAGUUAGCAGCCAUACCAGAAAUUCUAGAUGGCCAUGAUGUGGUGGGGAAAGCCUCUACAGGAUCUGGAAAGACCCUGGCUUUUGCAAUUCCCAUAAUUGAGAGCUGGUUAGAAACAUAUGGAGAAAUGGAGGACGAAGACGAAAAGAAUGUCCGUCUGCCGACAGCGCUGAUUCUGUCGCCUACCAGAGAACUCGCGCAUCAGUUGACAGAACAUAUAACCGCUUUAUGCAAAGGGCUUGAUAAGUCACCAUGGGUAGCCGCUGUGACUGGAGGGUUAUCUGUACAGAAACAACAACGCCAGCUGGCAAAGGCUGACAUCAUAAUCGGAACUCCUGGGCGUCUUUGGGAAGUGAUGAGCUCAAGUAUUGAACUGUCAGCUUCAUUCAAAAAGAUUAAGUUCCUAGUAGUCGACGAAGCGGAUCGGCUGCUUACUGAGGGUCAUUUCAAGGAAGCGGACGAGAUUUUGACCGCUCUAGAUAGACAACAGGAUGCCCAGGAAGGCGACGAGGACGAAAUUCCAAGUCGACAGACACUCAUCUUUUCUGCAACAUUUCAUAAAGGGCUACAGCAGAAACUGGCUGGAAAGGGGAAGCAAGGGUUGAUGGAUGAUAAGGAAUCCGUGGAAUAUCUUCUUAAGAAACUAAACUUUCGAGAAGAGAGGCCAAAAUUUGUGGACGUCAAUCCAGUUUCUCAAAUGGCCGAAGGGUUAACAGAGGGACUGGUAGAGUGCGCAGGCACCGAGAAGGAUUUAUACCUAUAUUCCCUACUUUUAUAUCAUCCAAAUCAACGCACCCUGAUCUUCACUAAUUCAAUCCACUCGGUUCGCCGUUUGACCCCUCUGCUCCAGAAUCUCAAUAUCCCUGUAUACGCUUUACACUCUCAAAUGAUACAAAAAGCUCGAUUACGAUCCAUUGAGCGAUUCUCGUCUCCUAAGUCUCCUGGAUCAAUUCUUGUUGCUACUGAUGUUGCCGCGAGAGGUUUGGAUAUCGGAGGGGUACAAUUGGUCAUCCACUAUCAUCUUCCGCGAACGGCCGAUAUGUAUGUCCACCGAUCGGGUCGUACAGCUCGAGCCGAAGCCUCGGGAUCCAGUAUACUGCUAUGCGCGCCUGAAGAAGUCGUAGGAAUGCGAAGACUUGUGGCAAAGGUCCAUGCCCAGAACGCGAUUUCUGGUGGCGGUAACAAAUCCAAAUACUACAUGAGGUCUCUGGACGUAGAUCGAAAGGUGGUUGCAAGACUCAAGCCACGGGUUACCUUGGCCAAGAAAAUUGCAGAUAGUAGUCUGGCUAAAGAGAAGAAAGGCCAUGACGAUGACUGGGUGAAGAAAGCUGCAGAGGAGUUAGGUGUGGAUUACGAUAGCGAAGAAUUUGAAGCUGCUGGCGGACAGAGAAAAGGCAGAGGGACGGGUCGAAAGUUGAAAGAGAAAGAAGCAAGAGCUCUUACUAAGAAUGAGCUUGGAGCUUUACGGGCGGAACUGAAGAGUUUGUUGUCUCAGCGUGUAAACGUUGGUGUUAGCGAGAGGUAUUUGACAUCAGGGUCUGUAGAUAUCAAUGAGCUUUUGAAGGGGGCGAAAGGAGAAUUCCUGGGGAAGAUUGACGGGAUUGGUAUGGAGACUUAG